CCCGAAUCGUCCUGCGGCCCACCCACCACCAGGAUCGAACAUUCCAGCACCUUUCCAAGGUAAGUUUCAACACCCAAAUGAUCUCGAACGUUGCCAAGAUUUCUGCAGGUCCUGUGCAGUUCUCGUCGGCGAGAACUGCACUAUCCGACAAGCCCCUCUCCUCCGGAGGACUGUCCACGCCUAAAGCGCUCCCAUUACCACCGCUUUCGCCAAUACGCAACACAGUCGUGAACACGGCAUACAACCACCUGCCUACCGCCCCGCGACAUCCUGUGUCACCCCUUCACGCAAAACCGGCGCCGACAGAAACGUCUCAGUCGGCUUCACCUCCCCAGUCCUUACCUGCCACUCUUCCAUCCAGUGGUUCGGAUGAAUAUCGAUCUUCCACCAGGCGCUUGGGUAUGGGCAGGAUGGCAGGAGGAUAUGCUAACAAGAAGUUCAAGACCCCGGGCGGCGGUGAUGACUUAUGAAGCGACUGCGUUCACCAGCCUUGGCGGAUGUGUUGUGGAAUCUUGCCGGUGCAUCUACUUAUCUGCUGUCUGUGCUCUGUUGUAAGUUGUACGUGAUAG